AUGGUAGUUUGUGAUUUAGUUUCUUUGAGAGAGCGACAAAAAUAUACUGGAUUGAUCUACGGAGCGUUCGCUAUUGGCACUUUCAUUGGGCCUAUAGUCGGAGGCUCAAUGGUCGAACAUAUUGGAUGGAGAUGGAUUUUCUGGCUGAAUUUGCCCAUCGGUGGACUGGCCUUACUUUCAUUGAUCUUCUUUUUUCGAGUUUCCUACGUCCGUUCUGGCCCAACCAUAUCAAACUUAAGAAAGAUCGAUUACCUUGGUAACACCUUGUUGAUCGGAGCAAUCAGCUCGAUUCUGAUUGCGUUAUCUGGUACCAGCGUAGAGAGACCAUGGGAGUCUUGA